AUGAAGCUGGAAAGACUUUUUCUUGAAGGUUGCUCUAGAUUAGCAGUUAUCGAUCGGUCAUUUGGUAAUCUGAAGAAGCUGGUUUCUUUGAAUUUGAAGGGAUGCAGUCUCCUCCGUGAAUUGCCAGAUUUGGGUCCCAUGAGAGGCUUGAAAGAGCUGGUGAUUGAUGGAACUUCCAUUUCUCAGAUCGAUUUCCGAGAAGGUUUCAUGAAGAAGCUUAAAAUUCUCAGUGCUUGUGAUUGUAAACAUCUGACUAAAAUAUCCGAUUCAAUCAGAAACUUAAAGUCUCUCAAAUAUCUCACUCUAGACGGCACUACAAUCCAGACCCUCCAAAAGUCCAUCGAGUCGCUGGAGAAACUGAUAACGCUGUCUCUGAAGAACUGCACGAAGCUAACCCAUCUUCCAGAAGGAAUAGGGAAGCUCACUUCACUGCAAUUCCUAGAUUUAUCUUACACUGAGAUUCAGAAGUUACCUCCUUCAGUCAACAAGUUGAAAGCUUUGAAAGUGCUCAGGAUGAGGCAUACUUUCAUAGAGGAGUUUCCUGAAGAUAUACUAAAUCUGGAGCAGCUGGAAGACAUAGAUUUCUCCUUGUGCGGGAGUUUGAAGGGGACAAUCCACUAUGAUAUUUGGAGAUUGUCGUCUUUGGCAAUCCUGAAUCUGUCCAGAACAAAGAUUUCCGGCCUACCUCCAAGUAUUUCAAGACUUUCUCGUCUGGAGAGACUUGACAUCUCCAGAUGCCGCAAACUUCAGAGCCUACCCGAGUUGCCCUCCGUUUCGAUUAUUAGAGAUGAUAAUUAG